UCCGGCCGCUCCGGGCUAGGCGCUGAGAUGAGUACGGCGCAGGCCGCUGAGGAGCCGGCACUCGCCGGCCCGGCGCCGUUGCCCCGGCUGCUGUCCGCCCUCUUCUACGGCGCCUGUUCCUUCCUGCUCGUGCUGGUCAACAAGGUGGUGCUAAGUACCUACAGCUUCCCAUCUCCAAUGUUUCUUGGAAUUGGGCAGAUGGCUACUACCAUACUUAUCCUAUAUGUAUCAAAACUAAAUAAAAUUAUUCACUUUCCUGAUUUUGACAAAAGUAUCCCUGUGAAGUUGUUCCCUCUGCCUUUGAUUUAUGUUGGAAAUCACAUAAGUGGAUUAUCAAGUACCAGGAAACUAAGUUUGCCGAUGUUUACAGUGCUCAGGAAGUUUACCAUUCCACUCACCUUACUGCUGGAAAUCAUCAUACUUGGGAAGAGAUAUCCACUGAGUAUUAUAGUCAGUGUAUUUGCCAUCAUUCUUGGGGCCUUCAUAGCAGCUGGAUCAGAUCUUGCUUUUAAUUUGGAAGGCUAUACCUUUGUAUUGCUAAACGAUAUCUUCACAGCAGCAAAUGGAGUUUACACAAAACAGAAAAUUGAUCCAAAGGAGUUGGGGAAAUAUGGAGUCCUUUUCUAUAAUGCUUUUUUUAUGGUGAUUCCAACGGUUAUUAUCAGUUUCUCUACUGGAGACCUACAGCAAGCCACCGAUUUCAAGCACUGGACAAAUUUUUUAUUUCUCUUUCAGUUUCUUCUUUCCUGCUUGUUGGGGUUUCUCUUAAUGUAUUCUACAGUCCUGUGCAGUCACUACAAUUCUGCACUUACAACAGCGGUGGUUGGUGCUAUUAAAAAUGUAUCCAUCGCUUAUAUUGGAAUGUUGUUUGGUGGAGAUUACAUAUUCUCAUUUUUAAACUUCAUAGGACUGAAUAUUUGUAUGGCAGGAGGACUGAGAUACUCAUUUUUAACCUUAAGAGGAAACAUCAAGCCUAAGCAGCCACCUGAUGAAGAAAACACACUGCUUGAUUCAAAGAGCUAGCAGAAAUGAAUGACAUGAAAAGCAGUGAAGAUAGAAGCUGGCCUAGCUCUGCUGUAAAGUUUUUAAAAAAGAGGGGGAAAAAAAUUAAGGAAUAUAUUUGAAAUGAGAAAAAAUCUACCUCAACUGAAAUUGUAGACACGUCAUAGACUCAGAACUUUUCAUACACAAAGAGUGUUUUUGUGGGACUUUUUUGCUACACAGCUAACCUACAGCACUGAACAGUAUUGAACCAUAUGUCCAAAGGCAUUGGCUAGCUAUGAUUUUCUGUAUUCUGCUUGAUACUGAAAGUCCAGAAGUCCUUGCUCAGUUUCCAUCAGACAAAGCACCCUUUGAAAACCAAGGGAUUCAGUUCACCCACUAUUCUGCAUCUCAUGUACUCAUUUAUGCUAGCAUAUUUAAUACUGUUGAAUCAGAAUAGAUCUCAUCCACUCUGCAGUAGCUGAAAUAGGUAAACAAAGCACAGGGUAAUGUUGAAUUUGACCCUGAGAGUUGCUCGUGUAAGGAAUGAAUGAAACUGAAUGAAGAACUCAGGAUAUGGCCCAGUAUAUUUUGAAAAGAGAGUUUUCCCUCUUACCAGUUCUUUCUGCCUAAUACUUCCAUUUAAACUGCCGGCCUCUGUGACAUCAGUUUCCUAUCAUAAUUGUGAUAUUACAAAUGGAUUAUCUGUGGCUGGACAAAAUAAAAGGAAGAGGGAGGCUGAGAGAGAGAAACUUGAUGUUUAAACAGAAAUAUCUUGCCUAAUUAGACCCUGUAAUAUGGAAGAUCAUGAAAGAGAUAAGAAAGGUAAAUCCAUUUCUUUUCUGGAACAAUAUGUACUUUGGUGUCAAAGUCCCCUUCUGAAGAUUUUAUCAAUGCUGACUGCACAACAAGUGAUACUAAUGUGAGCUAAAUGAAGCAGAGAAAAAUGAGUGCAAAUUGAAAGUUAUCACUAUGUAAUAAUGUGUCACUGGCACACAAAUGUUGGUGUCCAUAGUAUGCCAUGUAUGCAUUAUAGCUAAAAGCCUUUUGUUCUGUCUUUGAACUCUAAAUUCAAAACAAAUUUGCCCAAUCAUUUGCUAAUGAGCACAUGAUGUAGUUAAUGUGGAUAUGCGUUGGGGUCUUAUUUCUGCUGUCAGUGUGGGUUAAUAAUGUAACUUCUUAACAAUGAAACUUUCCUUAUCUGAAAAUACAGAUGAUAAAUAUUUGCUUAUAUCACUGGGGGUGUAGCGAAGCUAAACUGAUUUGUUUUUGGAACAGCCCUUUUUCCAAGAAUAACCCAUAGCCAGAUGACAACUGCCGUUUUGCAUUGCAUUUUGUGUGUUAGGCUGCUGUGAAUCCUCAGGAUAGCAGCCUACUAAAUUAAACCCUUUAGGAUUUAGGUAGGAAAAAAAAAAGCCUGGCUUCUGGAUCCUCCUCUGUUUUAGGAUUUUUUAGAUUAUGCCAUAGGAGAAGAAAGUGGUUAAUAAGAGACAUGUACGAGGUGUUGUUCCAUUAAAAUCACAAGACAAGCAAAAUUUCAGAAGGCUCUGAAAUGGAACUGGGUAGAUCUGGACAGAUUAACUGGAUGUCUGACAUUUGGGCUUCAAAAUCCAGGAAAAAAAAAAUGUAAACCCAGGUGGAACAUAGGAAUUGCCAUGCGACACUAUGGAACUGUAAGAUCCGUAUAGUUCAGAACUGAAUCUGAUUGUGACCACCACCAGAUGUUUGAGAGGAUGGUAGGCAAAUGUAGGACUGCCUUUUCCUGUGACUUUUUAGAAAUGAGAAUGAGUCCUAUUUAGAGAUUGGCUUAUACCCCGAAACACAGUGAUAAAUGGCCCUUCCAAAUUUUUGUUGUGUUACUGCUUGAUAUCCUUAUAAAUAUCCCAUCCUCUUUUGAAUCUUAAGUUCUUGAUGCCAGUGACUUCCUGUGGCAGUGAAUUCCUCAGUUUAAUCACAUGAUUUGACCCGGCUUUCUUAUAUGAAGUAUUUCCUUUUAUUGUCUUUGAAUUUCCUACCUUUUAGGGCCCCUCUACACAUGCAGGCAAAGGGGCUGGAAGUGGGUGUGCACUAAAGGUGCACCAAUACAUCAGUCUGAUAUCAGAUUGGCACCGAUAUAAAGAAAAUUGACUAUAUUGAAAAUUGACCUGAAGUGGCCAAUAAUUUGGCCAAUAAAUGCUUGUGUAUGCACGCAGUUGCAGCACACAGGCAGCGAGGAGCACAAGCCAAGCAGUUUGGAGAGCUGUGUCCAGCCGGUAAGUCCAGCUGGUGGAAGGGGAGGGGAGAGGGAAGGGGCAUGGGGGGGGUCAGAUCAACGCCCCCACAGUGAGGGAGGAAGUGGGGCAGGGGCUAGGGUAGGCGCUGUCCAGAUGGGGUGAACGCAGGACGGAGCUGUGACUUGUCGGGGGGGGUGGCUCCUGCCACUGUGCGUUGCUCGUCUGGCGGCUCAUCCCACCACUGCUCCCACUGCUUGGCUCCAGCCCACAGCUGCAGCCCACCCUGCUCUACCCCACCCCACGCGGAUCCGGGGGCACACCCCCACCCUGUGCCCUUUCAGACAAGCAGCGGGAGCCGCCAGAUGAACAGUGCACAAUGGUGGGAGCCACCCCCAACUCCCUGCGGCCCCUGGAUGAGCCCCAGCUCUGUCCCGCACCUGCCCCACCCUGGCUGGGCAGCCCCAGCCCCAUUCCCUCAAUGCGGGGGGCAUUGAUCUGCUCCCCCCACACCCCUUCUCUCACUGUCCCCUUUCACCCCAACAGACUUACCAUCUAGAGUCAGCUGUAUCGGAAAUCAGAUCUGUGUUGGCCGAUAUGCCUCCUUACGAAUCAGCUAUUAGUAUCGGCCCCCAAAAUGUCUAUCAGUGCACCCCUCGUGUGCACCCCUGUGGCUGAAAGCCCCUCAAUUAAUGGGGCUCCCAGCCACAGGGGGGCAUCUGGCCACAUGUUUAAUUAAUGGCAUGAUUAGAAGAAGCUACAAAGUUAUUUCACAUUUUUUGUAGAAUAACUUUUGUCACUUAUUGCUUGUUUUAUGCCAUUAAUUGGCUGAAUGUGUAGCUGGGCACAACUUAAGGCAUGAAUACCUAGUUAAUCAUGCCUUAAGUGUAACUUGUAGAGGGGGCCCUUGUUUACUUUAUUAUCAAAGUUCCUGAUCUAUGUUCUCUAAACCAGCGGAUCGCAAAUUGUAGCCCAUUGAGUAUUGGUGGUUUGCGACCACAUAUUAAGUGCUCUUCAGAUCACACCAAAUCCUGUGCACCCUUUUAGUGUUUUCAAUUAAAAGUUUGAUGACAGGUGUUCAUCAUGGUCUGUGAGAUAUAUUGAGAGUUGACAAAAAGGUUGCUCCAGAAAAGGUUUAUGAACCACUGCUCUAAACCAUUGCUGUUUUAUAAUAACCUUCUAUCAAGUUCCUCUUAUUCAUUUCCUUUCUAAAGCCUGUGUCAAGAUAGCUCUGCAGAAAAAUGUUUUCAUGGGACCUUUAAAGUAAAACCACUGCAUUUUGAACAAUUCUUAUAACAGAGUAAGAGCUUGUCAGAGCUUAGAAGUUUAUCAUCAUGCUUAUACUGGUAUACACAGGUCAAUUUUCCACCUGCAGGCAAGCCUUACUCCAGAAAUCAGCAUGUGGCUUUCCAUUCCCUUUCUGUGAAAAACAGAACAAGUACCAAAAUCCUCUUGCAUGAUUAUGAUGCUCAAAAAUCAUGAUGUAUUUUGCAAGCAUCAGAAAAGCCAUAAAUGGAUGCAGGCAAGGGUGGACCCAGAGAGGGUGCAGUGGCACAGACACAUCCCCCCCCCCCUUCAGUCAACACUGUGGGGACAGCAGUCAGGGGCUAAUUUUUAAUUCCUUGAAGGAAGUAAGAAUUCUCCCCCUGAUUUACCUUUAUGGUACACCCCACCCCCUCCCAUUUCUCCCCCUCCCUUGCUGCUUUCCCCACUGCUUUCCAUGCUGACAUGGGCGCAGGAGGAUUUCAUAGAUGCUCCUGCCCUGCUCCAGCCAAGCUCCAUUGUGAACUGGGCUCAGCCAGGGACAGCAACAUCAACAAGAAAUUCCUCCUGGUGUCUUCUACUAGCCCGGAAGCAGGCAUAGGGGAAGGGACCACACCCACUGCCACUGCUGUCUCUGGCCAAUUCUAGCUCCCCGCUCAGCCCAGCUGGAGCAGGUCAGGAGCAGCUCUGGAGCCUCCCUUCUGUGCCACUAGGGUACAGUACACUUGGGGUAGCUGGGGACAGCGGUAGUGGCAGGUGAAAGAAGAGGGAAGAAUGGAAGGGAGGGAAUGUGUCACUGAGCACAGAGGGGAAGGGAGGGGAUUGACGGUGGAGGGAAGAUUCUUAUUUGAUUGGAAGACCUUGUUCAUUCUGUGGAGUAUCCCUGCUUGGUUCUGGGAAUGCUGGAUCUUCACAUAUCCUGAUGUUGGGAGGAACGGGUUCUGUUCUGUGUUUCUGUGGUUUUGUUUCAGUCUAUAAAGAUGGAAGGCAUUUGCAAAAACCAGAUUCAGAUUUGGAUGUCAAGUGCCGUCCCAAAGGUUGGGGAUGUUUGAUGCAGUGCUUUUGUUCUCACUUGCCUCUGGUCAACUUAUUAUAUUACUUCAUUAAAAAAUAUAUACAGUU